UUUUCGAACGGGCUGUGGUGGCGGCGGCGCCUCGGCUGUCCCGCGUGCUCCAGAACGGCAGCCCUCGCAGCCGUCCGCGCGCGGAGGGGAUAAAGAAGGUGCUCGUUCCUCAGCUCGCCCGACUUCAAGUCACCGUCCUCGGGGCCCCGUCCGACUUGAGCUCCUUUCCGUGCUGCUAACGCUGAGCGAGGAGCGGGCCGAGUGCCUGUUUAUUGCAAAAGAAGGAAGGAAGGGGAGUGAGAAGGAUGGAUGAAGCGGCUGGAGAGUUGAAGCAAGCCCUCCCAAACGCGUGUGAUAACGUUCAGAUACACGUGGAAGUUCAUCGGAAAUCAAACAGUACGGCAAAGAAAGAAGAUAUCAGGAUGAGUGUCCUAAAACUGUUGAGCAGACAUAACAUUGUAUUUGGUGAUUACAAAUGGACGGAAUUUGAUGAUGGCUUCCUUAACAGCAAUGUGCAAUCUGUGUCAAUUGUGGAUACAGAGCUGAAAUUGAAAGAAAGACAGCCUAUUGAUUUGAGCAAAAGCAGUCUUUCCAUUCAUAUUUUUCAUCUGAAUGAAGAAGGGCCAAGCGUUGAAAACUUGGAAGAAGAAAAUGAGGAUAUUGUUGCAGCUAACCACUGGGUGCUACCUGCAGCUGAAUUCCACGGCCUUUGGGAAAGUCUUAUAUAUGACACUGAAGUAAAAUCACAUUUACUUGAUUAUGUCACGACAACAUUACUAUUUUCUGACAGAAAUGUUGACAGCAACCUGAUAUCAUGGAACAGAGUUGUUUUGCUGCAUGGCCCUCCUGGAACUGGUAAAACCUCUCUCUGCAAAGCAUUGGCUCAGAAGCUGACGAUACGACUAUCGUACAGGUAUAGAUAUGGACAGUUAAUUGAAAUAAACAGCCAUAGUCUUUUCUCUAAAUGGUUUUCUGAGAGUGGCAAGCUUGUAACCAAGAUGUUCCAGAAGAUUCAAGAGUUAAUUGAUGACAGAGAUGCUCUUGUGUUUGUACUGAUCGAUGAGGUGGAGAGCCUCACAGCAGCCCGCAGUGCCUUCAAGGCAGGCACAGAGCCUUCAGAUGCUAUUCGUGUAGUGAAUGCUGUUCUGAUGCAAAUAGAUCAGAUUAAAAGGUAUCCCAAUGUAGUUAUCCUGACUACUUCAAAUAUUACAGAGAAAAUUGACAUGGCAUUUGUAGACAGAGCAGAUAUAAAGCAAUACAUUGGCCCUCCAUCUGCUGCAGCAAUAUUCAGAAUAUAUCUUUCUUGCCUGGAAGAGCUGAUGAAGUGCCAAAUAAUAUAUCCUCGACAGCAUCUCUUGUCACUCAGAGAGUUAGAAAUGAUUGGAUUUGUAGAAAAUAAUGUGUCCAGGUUAAGUCUGGUACUAAAGGAAAUCUCAAGAAAAAGUGAAGGUCUUAGUGGCCGGGUCCUCAGAAAACUUCCUUUCUUAGCACAUGCACUUUAUAUUCAAUCCCCCAGUGUUACAAUGACAACAUUUCUUCAGGCUCUUUCACUUGUAGUAGACAAACAAUUUGAAGAAAGAAAAAAACUUGCAGACUGUGUGUGAUAGUUUACUGCUUUAUACUUUUCUGUAUUGUUACCAUUGAAAAGUACUUAACUUUGCAUACAAACUGUGUGCAAUUUCUAUGCAUCUAUAAAACAGAUUGUCAAAACCUUACCAACCCUGGAAUGCUUAAUUCAGUUUUUCAAAACAUUAAUAAACAGUUUUUACAGCA